GUUAAUUUCAACCUCUAAUUAUUACCAUAAAAUUAGACAAUUACCAUAGAAAUCACCGGGUAAAUACCUCAAAAUCGUGAGCAUACCGUCAACUUUCACCAUUGUCCCGUUUUCCCCUUUGAAAUCAUGGUAAAACUCGCGGAAAUAUCAAGAACGUCCACUUUUGCUUGGAGCCAUGAUACUUUACCUUUACUUGCAACAGGUACAGUAGCCGGAGCUGUUGAUGCAAAUUUUAAUUCUUCAUCUAGAUUAGAAAUUUGGAAUAUUUUUUCUCCAACUAAUUCAACUGAACCAAUCUUUAGUGCUGGAGUUGAUGAUAGAUUUUAUGCUCUUGCAUGGUCAAAACCAUUUGAAGGUAGAAGUCAAGGAAUUUUAGCUGCAGCAUUUGAAAAUGGUACUAUUGAAUUUUGGGAUAUUGAAAAACUUAUAAAAUCUAAAGAUUUAGUUGAAUCAUCAAUUCAUAAAUCUUCAAAACAUUCAGGUCCAGUAAAGACUUUACAAUUUAAUCCAAUUCAAAAUCAUAUAUUAGUUAGUGGAGGAUCUCAUGGUCAACUUUUUAUUUGGGAUACUCAAAAAUUUACUGAUCCUUAUACUCCAGGUCAAGCCAUGACUCCAAUGGAUGAAAUUACUAGUGUUGCAUGGAAUAAUUCUGUUUCUCAUAUUCUUGCAAGUACUGGUAAUAGUGGUUAUACAUCAAUUUGGGAUUUAAAAACUAAAAAGGAAGUAUUACAUUUAUCAUAUACUGGACCUUCAGGUAGAGCAAGUUUUUCUCAUGUAGCUUGGCAUCCAAGUCAAUCAACAAAAUUAAUUACUGCUAGUGAUAAUGAUGCAGUUCCAGUAAUUUUAACUUGGGAUUUAAGAAAUUCAAAUGCUCCAGAAAAAAUUUUAGAAGGUCAUAAAAAGGGGGUAUUAUCAUUAGAUUGGUGUAAACAAGAUCCUUCAUUAUUAAUUUCUAGUGGUAAAGAUAAUACCACUUUAUUAUGGAAUCCAAUUACUGGACAAAAAUUAGCAGAAUAUCCAACCACCGCAAAUUGGGCAUUUCAAACAAGAUUUGCUCCAUCAGCUCCAGAUAUUUUUGCUACAGCAUCAUUUGAUGGGAAAGUUAUUGUUCAAUCACUUCAAGAUACUUCACCUCCAGUUUCAACUAAAGUAACUUCAAAUGAUGAUAAUGUAUUUUGGAAUCAAUUAUCAAGUACUGAAACUCAACAACCAGUAUUUGAAAUUAGACAAGCUCCAGUAUGGUUAAAAAGACCAUCAACAGUAUCAUUUGGUUUUGGAUCUAAAUUAGUUAAAGUAUCAAAAGAUGAAAAUGAUAAAAGUAUUAUUAAAAUUGAAAAGUUUGUAAUUAAAGGUCAAGAAGAUUCAACUGAAUUUUCUCAAGCUUUAAAUUCAAAUGAUUUUAAACCAAUUAUUGAAGCUAAAGCUGAAGCAGAAGCUGUUAAUGAAAUUGAUAAAUCUGAUUGGGAAUUAUUAAAGAAAUUAUUACAAACAGGUAAAGAAAAUCUCUUUAAAGCUGGAGUUACUGUUGAAGAAGAAUCAUUAGAAGUAUCAGAAACUGGUGAAGAAGAAGAAAAAGAAAAAGAAGAAAAUGAUGAAGAUGAAAAUGGUGCCGAUGAUUCUUUCUUUGCUAAAUUAGGUAAUGGAUCAAUUGGACUCACUGAAGAUAAUAAUUUUGUUCCUUCAGGAGCUUUUAAUAUUUUAAAGGCUGAUGAAACUGAAGAAAAUAAAAAGAUUAUUAAAUUAGUACUUGCUAAUAAGAUUGAAGAAGCUGUAGGACAAUGUUUAAAAGGUGAUAAUUUACUUGAAGCAUUAGUAUUAGCAUUAGAUGGAUCUGAUUCUGUUAAACAAAAAGUUAAAAAUGCUUAUUUCCGAGCCAAUAGUGAUAAACAAUUAUCUCGAGUAUUAUAUAGUGUUACAUCAACUGAUGUAACUGAUCUUGUAUCUAAUGCCGAUGUAUCUAAUUGGAAAGAAAUUGCUCAAAGUAUUGCAUCAUUUACUCAUGAUUCAUAUGAUUAUGAAACUAAAAUUACUGAAUUAGGUGAUAGAAUUCUUGAUUCAAGUACUUCUAAACAAGAUAGAAGUGAUGCAAUUUUAUGUUAUUUAGCAGGUAAUGCUGUUGAUAAAAUCGCUUCAAUUUGGCUUCAAGAAUUACCAGCUUAUGAAAAGCAAUUAUUAUCAACUAAUUCAAAAACUAAAUCAAUUUCUUCUCCUUCAGAAGCAAGAUUUGCUUCUCUUACUAAUUUUGUUCAAAAAAUUGCAGCUUAUAGAUCUAUUUCUCAUAUUACUGGUGAGAUUUCUGGUCCUUCAGCUGAAUUAGUUGCUAAAGCAAUAUUAGAAUUCUCAAAUUUAGCUUCUGGUUAUGGACAAUUUGAUGUAGCUGAAAAGUUUUUGGCUAUUUUACCUUCGGAAUUCUCAGGUACUGAACAAGAAAGAAUUUCAAAAGCUACUGGAGUUACUCCAACUACUUCUACUACUAAUAAUAUUACUACUUCUUUAAAGAAAGUUAGAAGUCCAGUAAAAUCUUAUGGAGUUAGUGCUGGGGUUGUACCUUCAGUAGUUAUUUCUGGUCAAUCAUCAAUUGGUCAAGCACAAGCACAAGCACAAGCACAAGUACAAGCACAAGCACAAGUACAAGCACCAAUUGUUUCUCAAUCAGUUCCGUUGUCUACUAAUCCUUAUGCUAGAACCGUGACUUCUAAUCCUUAUGCUCCACUGGUUGGUAAUGUUUAUAAACCUCCAGUUCCUACUGUAGCUGUUCCUAUACCUACUCCAGUAGUUGGAGGAGUUGGACCGGUUGGAAAUGUUGGUAAUGCUCCACCUCCACCUCCAGCUAAACUGUUUAAAAAUGAAACUGAUGGUUGGAAUGAUUUACCUCAUACUUUUAAACCAGUAACUGCUCGUCGUGCUGCUCCAGUAGCUACUGCUACACCUUCUCCAACGAUUAAUUCACCUAAUCCUCAAUCAAUUAUUCCAAAGAGAAAAGUUUCUGGUAGUGUUAGUGUAGCUAUAGCUCCUCCACCUCCAAAGGGUCUUAGUCGUUCAAGUUCUAAAGCUUCGAAUGUAACUCAUGCUUCUCCUCGUCCAGCUCCUGUUCAUAUCAAUAAUAGAUAUGCUCCUCCACCAAUUGAAACUGGACCUCCAGCUACUCCUGGUAAAACUCCUCCAAUUCUUGCCGGUAGUUUUUCAAAGAAGAAUCCUUAUGCUCCACCUCCAGAACAAUCUCCAUCUAAAAUUGCCUUUGCUCCACCUCCUGCUGGUAAUGCUGGAACUUUUGCUCCUCCAACUCUUCCUCCUCCAGCUCCUCCAAAGAAUCCUUAUGCUCCUACUGCUCCUCCUACUAGAAGUUUGAGUGGAGGUAUUCUUCCUCCUCCUCCUCCACCUCCUGGUGGUUCUAAUCGUGUUGGAGUUCCUCCACCUCCUGCUACAUUUGGUUCGAAUGCUCCUCCAAUUCAACCUCCAUUUAAUUCAGUACCUCCACCUCCUGGUAUAGCUUCUCAACCGGUAGCUGUAGUUGCACCUCCAGCAGUGGCUCCUCCACCUACUGCUUCAGGUAUAGCCCCUCCACCACCACCAACAUUAACUGCAACUGCAACAGCAACUGCUGCUUCAAGUGUUUCACCAGCUCCUCCUCCAGCAACUACGGCUCAAUAUCCUGCUGGAGAUAGAAGUCAUAUUCCUGAAAAAUCAUUACCAAUUUACGAAACUCUCAAUAGAAUUCUUCAAACUAUUGUGGCUACUCCUAAUCUCACUGAAAAGCUUACUACUAUCUGUAUUGAUACCGGUAAGAGACUCGAUAUCUUAUAUGAUCUCUUGAAUAAUAAUUCAUUAUCUGAUGGAGUUAUUGAACAAUUAAGAACUAUUGCAGAAUCUUUAGAUCGUAAGGAUGUUGAAAAUGCUCGUAGUAUUAAUUUACAAUUCGCUACUAACUUUUCUGAUGAAAUUGGUGCCUGGCAUAGAGGUGUUAGUCGACUCAUUGAUAUGGCUCAAGCCUUGUAUUAGUCUAGAAAAUUAUAUACAUACA